AUGGAUCCUUUGAGCACCGAGGACAUAUCGUGUCGACUAGAAGCCGCGACCCUCGGCACGCGACAAAGGCUGGGCAGAGCUGAAAAGUACGAUUACUCGCGUUGGGCUCCUCCUACUGAGAAGCCAGCGGAUGGUAUUGAUCCUCGCGAGGAUGUCCCAUGGGCCUCCAACGCUCGUAAGUAUGAGUGGAAGGAGGAUUAUGGUGAUGUUGGACCAGAAGAUGAGGAGCUCGAAAAGAUCCUCUUCCGCAAUGAGUUUCUCAAUCGUGUUGGUGUCAAGUUUGACAAUCUCCAGAGCAUCAAGGUAAUUGUCGAGGCCGCUGAGAAACCUGACCCAAUCUCCCGCUUUGCCGAUGCUGGCCUACAUCCCAUCAUGGAGAAGAACGUGGCUUUGUGUGGCUACCAAAUUCCUACUCCAAUUCAAGCCUACGCGAUUCCUACAAUCCUUCAGGGACAUGACCUGAUGGCAAUCGCACAAACUGGGUCUGGGAAGACAGCCGCGUACCUCAUCCCUGUCCUGUCAAAGCUCAUGGGCAAGGCAAAGAAACUCGCAGGCCCUCGCCCAAAAUUUGGUGAGGCAUUCGACCCUAAAGUCAACGCAGUCCGUGCUGAGCCAUUGGUCUUGGUGAUCGUGCCCACUCGCGAGCUUGCUUGCCAGAUCUUUGAUGAAGCUCGUCGUCUCUGCUAUCGCUCUAUGCUUCGCCCCUGCGUUGCCUACGGUGGUGGUCCUGUGUCUCAUCAACGCAUGGAAUUGCAAAAAGGCUGCGACAUCUUGAUUGGGACUCCAGGACGUCUCAUUGAUUUCAUGGGCCAGACUCAUGUUCUCUCUCUGCGUCGUGUUCGGUACACUAUCGUUGAUGAAGCCGACGAAUUGCUCAAUACUGACUGGGAGACGGAGUUUGCUCAGCUCUUGUCUGGUGGAGACUCAAACGAGGACGCUGAUCAUCGUUACAUGAUGUUUUCAGCCACCUUCAACAAGACGUGCCGCCAGGUCGCUAAGAAGCAUCUGGAGACUGGCUAUGUGCGCAUUCGUGUUGGACGCACUGGAAGCAGCCAUGCCAACAUUGAACAGCGGAUCAUCUACGCUGAGGAUCAAACUAAGAUGCAGUGUCUCUACGAUCUGUUACUUUCCAUGCCACCAGCACGCACUCUUAUUUUCGUCAAUACCAAGGUUCAGGCGGACCGCCUUGACGAUUACUUGUUCAACCUGGGUCUUCCUAGUACUUCAAUUCAUUCUGAUCGUACCCAGAGAGAGCGCGAAGACGCUAUGUCGGCAUUCCGUACUGGAAAAUCGCCCAUCCUUAUUGCAACCGGCGUUUCUGCCCGCGGUCUCGAUAUCAAGAAUGUCAUGCACGUUGUCAACUUUGAUCUCCCUAGCUAUGACCAGGGGGGCAUUGAUGAAUAUGUCCACCGUAUCGGCCGUACUGCUCGUAUCGGAAAUGAAGGUAUCGCCACCUCUCUUUACAACCAUGGCAGGAAUACCGACAUCGCAAGGGACUUGGUUAAACUGCUCCUCGAAAACAAGCAGGUAGUACCUGACUUCCUUGAGGAGCUGAAGCCCGAGGGUGAACUUGUUUUCGAUGAUGACAACAGCGAUGUGGAGGAAGAUAUCGACGAGACUAAUGUCGACGCUGAUCCCCAGUCCACUCACUCUGGGCCUGUUGAGGACGCUCCUGAAUUGGAUGAGUUCUCUACCCCGAAGCAGGAGGCCGAUAUCACUGCUCCUACUAAUAGUGACUUCGAUUGGUAAACGUAUCAGGCAAGACAGGAGCAGCCUUGAAGUGACCCCUAGUCAGCUUCCAAGCUUUU